ACGUGGCUUUCCGGUCAUAGAUCUAAAUGAGUUGUAGUACGGUAGAGAGAGAUAACAAACAUAACGUAUGACCUUGGGAAAUGUUGCCUAUUACAGAUUAUCAAAAAAUCGGCAUUGGUGUGACAGGCUUUGGAGUAUUUUUUCUCUUUCUGGGAGUUUUGUUCUUUUUCGACAAAGGUCUCUUAGCUAUUGGAAAUAUACUAUUCAUUUCUGGAUUAGCACUGGUAAUUGGAUUAGAAAGAACUUUUAGAUUUUUCUUUCAAAAACACAAGCUCAAGGGAAGUUCUUGUUUUCUUGGUGGAGUUUUAGUUGUUCUCAUUGGUUGGCCUCUUAUAGGAAUGAUCAUAGAAAUUUAUGGAUUUAUACUUUUGUUUAGUGGCUUCUUUCCAGUUGUUAUAAACUUUUUAAGAAGAGUACCUGUCAUUGGAAAUAUACUCAACCUCCCAGGAAUUAGCAUGAUAGUGGGUAAAUUAGCAGGAGAUGGAAGCAACUCAAUGGUGUAAAUCACUGAGAUCUCAAUAUAUCCAGGCCAUUUUCUGGCAGAACUGCACUGGAAGAAACCCAUCUACUAUCAGAAGUGCUAUAUUAGGGAAAAUGAGUUUUGGACUUCAUAGCAACUUAAUUUGCUAAGUCCCCCAUCAGUUCUGUUUUGUGGCUCCUCUUCAUUUUGUAUCAUGGAAGGAAACAACUUUUUCCUGCAAAAUAGACCAUAAUAAAUAUUCCUGCACAUAUUGUAUUUACCAUAUGGUUUGCUAUGACUCAGUCGAACUGUAACUUGCAUUGUGGAUUCUUGAGAAAUUCAGACUGGUCUUGUGAAGAAUCUUACUUGUUGUUCUUUGCAGAACUGAUGCAGGCAGUCUUUACUCAGUUACUUCUUGAUGCUCUUGUAAAAGUUUUAUCAUUUUGCUUAAUUGUGGGAAAUUGUAGCAAAUGCUCAAUACACAUGAGCAAAAACAAAGUAAAAAUUUGUACUAAUUUUGUCACUAAAUUUUAUUCUUGGGUUGAACUUUACUUUUCUUUCUUAGAAACUUAUUGUUCUCUAUUAGCAUGGCCAUUUUAAAGAGAAAAAUGAAAAUUUCAACCAAAGAUUAAUUUGACCACAAAACAUUAAUUUUUAAGGGGAAGCAUUCCUCUAGCAGGUAUUCCUACAUGCAAGUGUUUCUCUCCUAUGGAUGUAUUUAAAUUCUUGGAUUCUAGGAUUAUCUGAUGAAUUCUUUAGUCUUUAUUUGGAAGAAUCUAUGGGGAUACUUGUAAGUAUGUAUGCCAAGAAAUGGAAAAUUCUUAAUUCUAUUCAAUAAAUUUUUUUGUGUACAAGUAAA